AUGGCGUCGGCUCUUUCUCAUACGAGUGCGGAAGAAGUUCUUUCUGAAUUUCUGGCUGAAACUUCAGGUGAAACGAGCGAUUCCGAAGACAACAAUUCUGCUAAUAAUAAUGCAAAUCUUGCUACGACCAUCAAUCGCUGUUUAGAAGCGUUGGAUAACCUUGACUUGGGACCAAACACGGCAGGAUUUAAAAAGUGUGUCGAAAAAUUUAUUGAAACAUCAUUCUUUGCAUUUCAACCUCCAAGUGACCCGAUGAAGAUACUGUUGAACAGAACCGUUAAUUGUGCAACUAUAUUUAAUGCAGAAAGCAAACAAUGGCUAAAAAAGAUAAGCAACCGAUUGUCUGGGAAAAUUAGCAUCAGGCAUCCAUAUCAAGGUGAAAUCGUUAGAAAUUUUCCUUCUGAGAUGUUCUUUGCACUUAAAACUUCAGUGCAGCACUCCCGAAAAGAGGAAAUUACUAAUAAUGUUUUUUACAACGAUAACAAGAAUCGAAGUGUUAUGUCCUUUUCAUCACGGAAAGCUGUUAUUGUAUUUCUGUCAUUGUUGAGUGGUUACUCUGAAACAAAUGUGAAAGGCUUCUUUAAAAAAAUUCUGUCUGGAAGAACGCAUGGUAAAGCCCGUGUAAUUGUGGGCUGCAGCAAAGAGUUUUCUUUUACGUACAAUAGAAAGACUGGGCAAUUUUGUGUCUCUUUUCAUUAUGGAGUAUGGAACAAAGCAGGUUUCCCUCUCCAUAACUUCUGAUGGGAACAAAACUUGUAUAUUACAG